AUUUCACCUGUGGGCACCCCGUAGUAUUAUACCUACAUCGAACUAUGAACUAAUUACAGUUCAAUGGUAUCAUACUACUCUGGCAGCGUCGCGUCUAAGGACUUCUUCAUGGCGCGUACCAUAUAUAAGUGUAUAAUCUAUGGCGCGUUCUAUCUCUGAAAUCAGAAAUGUGUCAUUAUUUUUGACUUUAACUUAGAGGUUAUGUUUUGAAAAUUACAUAAACCAUAACUGUUUUCACAUAAUUUUAGCAAGGUGUUUGCCGUUGCACUGUUUUUUUUUAUGAACAGUCUAGUUUAAUAACACACAAUGAUAUAUCGGUGGUGGCAUCAAUUUGUUCGUAAACGGACAAAACCGAUACCUGAAGAUAUUGCACAAAUAUGGAAGACCCGAUUGAGUUUUGCUUACGGUUUUUUUGCAUGGAAUGCUUUUGGAUUAAUGGUUUAUUGUCUCUAUCAAGGGAAAGCAGAUUGGGCGCAUUACUAUGGCUUAAAAAGCGACGAAGAGAAAUCUAUGUCUCCAGGUUUGUAUAUUUUGUAUAAUCUUAUAGUACUGAAAAUCAUGUGUGAUUUAAUUUGGGAUAGAGGUCCAUCCAGAUAG